AUGGACUCCCAACCCUCACCACCACACACCCUAAUCCAAACAGUCAAAGAAAGCGCCGAGCAAUACUCUCUUUUCAUCCUCGUGGCUAUUUUCAUAUUCUCCAUCCUCUCAACCCGCGCCAUCACCGGACUCCAAAGCCAAAGCCAUGCAGACUCUGCGGACGGUGAGCCGCGCCGUGUGCGGAAACUGCCGUAUUGGAUACCGGGACUAGGGCAUGCGUUUUCUUAUUUCUGGCGGCAUCGCGAUUUCUUACUUGAUGCUCGAAAAACUAUGAAUGAGCCUGUUGUGGCUCUUCAAAUGGGGCUGCAGACACAGUAUCUUGUGUACUCACCAGAUAUGAUCAGAACACUCAUCAAGAACGGCGACGCUCGUUUGAGAGUUUAUUUUCCGAGAGUUAUGGAGAACUUUGUAGGCGACAGUGGUGCUUUUCGCAGGUUGUCGCCACAGGCCCGGCAGGCGGUCAACGCUACAUUGACACUUCUUACCCAAGAAUCAUAUCUGUCGAAAUUUACAAUUACAUUAGCUAAAGUUCUGGAGCGCGAGACUGCGAAUUUUGUCUCGUUUAAUAGAAGUCUGGUCGAUCAAAUGGUUUGGGAACGCAAUACUGAUAUUGUGGUGGAGGACGGCAAUGGCGUCAACUCGCAAAGCUGCCAAGUGGGAUUAUUUGCAUUGACUAGGAGCUUUGCAAGCCACCACAUUGCCUAUGUCCUUAUGGGACAAGCACUAUUGGACUUCCAUCCCGGACUUGUGGAAGACUUGACGAGCUGGGACCAGGAAUAUGUGCGAUUAGUCGCCGGCGCUCCGCGAUGGAUUCCAUCACCGGGUAUUUCUGCUGCAUACGCUGCUCGAGAUCGCGUCCAAAAGACCAUAUCAGUGCUCCAAGCCUCCUUUUCUGCGCUUGAAGACGGCCGAAACGCUCCUCUGGAGUUCCGGGACUUGGACGACGUCUCGGACAUUGUACAGGAACGUAUGCGAUGUUGGCGAACAUCAGGACUCUCAGCUUCUCUAAGCGCUCGAUUAGAUGCCUGGUUAUUAUGGAAAAUAACUACAGAUGCAUCGAAACUGGUGUUUUGGAAUAUACUGCACAUCUUCUCAGAUCCUGAAUUGUUGUCUGCCGUGCGAAAGGAAAUUGCGCCUCAUAUCAAAGUCUCUCGCUCAGAUCCAAAAGUGACUGGUCUGCCUAUAGCGGAACCCCCGAUAUUAUCGAUUGAUACGGAGAAGCUUUUCACGGGCUGUGUGUUGUUGAAAGCGACGUAUGCUGAAACGAUACGUUUGGACGCGAAUCCGGUUUCUUAUCGACAGUUGACUGCAAAUCUCACUCUGACCGAGUCAAAGGAAGAUGCAACUAUUUUUGGUCGUGACAGCGAAAAGCAUCCCCGAUCCUACCAAUUUUUCAAGGAUGACAUUCUAGGUCUCGCCAGUGGUGCACACCAUGUCGAUUCGAGAUAUUACCGGGACUCGAAACGUUUUACACCUCACCGAUUUCUUUCCAGGGCUGCUACUCCUCCUUCAUCGCCCCCGGCAAAGGAAACUUUUGGCUGGCAAACAGUCCUACCAUUUGCCGGAGACGAGACUUUUAGUGCUCUGAUCGAAAGAGAAGUCAUGCUGAUCACAGCUUCAAUUAUUUCACUAUGGGACGUUGAAUCUGUGGGCGGUGGAAAGGAACUGAAGGUGCCAGGUCAUAGCUUAUCGGCGAAUGCGUUUUUGCCUUCUUUUGAUGUCAAGGUUCGAUUAAGGCAGCACGAAUAG